AAAUAUUGAUAUUUAGCUGUCGCCCUGGCGCCCGACCAUUGAUACUGAACAUUUCGACCGGGUUGGCCGGCCACAGUUACAUCCACAAGACGUGCGAAUAAGAAUAAGAAUGUGAUAGUGUAACCGGGGCUCAUAUGUCUUAACCUCGCGGCCCCUAUACUAGUCGUAUUCGGAUCUGGAUAACUGAAUGCUCGGACUAGGGAAGCCCCAUUCUUGACCUAUUACAUAGACGUCUUCGCAUCCAAUCACACAAACAAAUUCAAACAUGGCCACAUCUUCAGCAACAGGAAAGACCGUCGUGGUCACUGGAGGUGCGGGGGGUCUCGGCAAAGCCAUUGCCUCCGCUUUCUUGGACGCCGGCGCCAACGUCGCCAUCUUUGACGUCCACGAGGGCCGCCUGAAAGAAACAGCUGCCGGGUGGGAGAAGCAUGGCGACAAGUUCCUCACAUCCCAAACGGAUAUCACCGAUGAGACGGCUGUGACCACCUUCUUCGCUAAUGUCUCCGCCAAGUUUGGUCGCAUCGACAUGCUCAUCAACAAUGCGGGUGUCAUGGACAAGUUCGAUGCCGCCGGCACAUUGCCUCUAGACUUGUGGAACCGCGUGAUAGGCGUCAAUCUGACCGGAGCCUACCUGUGCACCAAGGCCGCCAUAAAUGCUUUCGAGUCGCAAUCGCCAUCAGGUGGCACGAUCAUCAACAUUGCCUCAGUGGCAGGCGUCCGAGGUUUCGCCGCAGGAGCUGCGUAUACGGCUAGCAAGCACGGUCUUCUUGGCCUCGUCAAGAAUACAGCCACUUUCUACGGUCCGAAGGGAAUCUACAGCCUGGCUUUCCUCCUGGGUGGUAUGGACACGAACAUUAUCGAUGCAUUUGGGGCUGGGUGGAACGACGAGGGUAUGGCUCGCGCUCAGGCAAUAGCUCCCGGCUUCGAUCCAGCUAAGCAGAUGAUCUCACUCGGCGAUGUUGUUAAAUACUGCCUCUUUUUCUCCGACCCAUCUGUUGCGGAAACAUCCAACGGGGCGAUGAUCGAUAUCAACAAGAAUUGGCCAGUAGUAUAAAUGGUUCCCUGAGCACAAGGGGAUCAUGAGAUAGGCACACGGUGUCACAUAAUCACAAGAAUGCUUAACAUAGAUAACAUGGGUACUAAAUUCUUACA